AAAGAAUGAAAUCAAAAAGAGAGACAAAAAGUCAGCUCAAAGGCAAGACCGGAAUAACAACACGGCGCCGCAGAUUUAUAACUAUUAUUUUAAACCAAAAGAAGUUUUCCUGCUAAGUAUAAAUUUUGUUAGCAUUAACAACAGAAGUUUAUGAAACAUUAGAUUGGGCAACGCAGUUUUCAGUGAUAAAUCUCAACGGUAUACAAAAAAAUGUGAUUAGCGAACUUCAGGAAUUUUUGUACAAUCCAGAAACGGACGCCUGGCGGAAUGGACUUGCUGAUCAUCCUGGGUGUGGUGGUCACCAUCUAUGGAGUUUUACUGUUUUUUGACAAUUUCUUUAAAAGCUGCAUGCACUACCCUUAUGAAGCCUUUUUAAAAGGAACCGGCCUAUCGAUAAAACUGUUUCGACUGCAGUGGCACACAUCGGCCCUUAACCGAUCUAUCGUGAAAUGGAGUACGGCCUACCCGAAGUUGUUGGAUCUGAGCUUUGGCCUGGGAGUUUAUGUAUCGAUUUUGCUAAUGCCGUUGGCAUCCUGCUUGCUGAUUGCUACGGCUUUCCACACCAAUGCCGGAACGGGAAAACCCAGCUCAGAUACCGGGUCUGGCAAGCAAGCGGUUUCACUUGAAUUACUGUUUCCGGGUGUAAAUCUUCCAUUUGACGAAAUUGGUUAUUAUCUUUCGGCACUGGCUAUUAAUAGUGUCGUACAUGAGCUGGGUCAUGGUUUGGCAGCCGUUCUGGAAGAUAUACCAAUCAGAGGAUUUGGUUUCCAUGUGAUGUUUAUUGUUCCGUUGGCCUACACGCAGCUUGACUCAGAUCAGCUGAAUGCAUUGAAGAUGUGGAAACGGUUGAAGGUCCUCUGCGCUGGUAUUUGGCACAAUUUGCUGCUGGCGGCGUUCACCUAUCUGCUGUUCGUGGCCACACCAGUCAUGCUGUCAGGCUUGUAUCGUGUUAACGAGUCCGUGAUGGUAACCGAUAUAAAAAAUAAUUCACCUCUGAUUGGCUCAAAAGGGUUGGAAGAAGGCGACAUCAUAACCUCCAUCAACAGUUGCGAGGUACGCAGUGAAUCUUUGUGGUACGGUUGCUUGCUGGAAACUCUCCAGUCACAGCCCUCCUAUUGCAUAUCACCUGAUUUCGUGCAUUUAAACGACGAAUCUGUUCCGAUUUCGCACAAAAACGACGGCCUAAUCGAGUGCUGCAAUGCAGAAAAUAAAGCAGCCAGCUGCUUUGAGUAUAUAGUGGAUGUGAACGAGGAAGACGUUGCGUUACCACAGCACAUGUGCCUCAGCAUCCGUAAAGUGAUUGAGAACUCUUUUGGUUAUUGUCAGCACAAACUAACUUGCACGGAGGGACAUUGUUUCAAGCCGAUGAUAAACAAUUUCACGACUAUCAUGCAAAUUCGAAGGGAUGGAAAACCGGACGUAAUCUAUAUAGGCCAUCCGGCCGAUCUAACCCGAACGGUUCGAAUUUCGCAGUUCGUUCCGAAGACGAACUUCUUUCGACCGGGUUUAGCUGACUGCGUACAACUGUUGCUCAAGUAUGUUACCGUUUUCUCGAUAGGGCUGGCAAUCAUCAACGUAAUUCCUUGUUUCGGUUUCGACGGGCAGCAUAUUGUUAGUACGUUACUGUGUAACGGUGCCAUUGUAAGUCGGGUUCCGCACAAAAGUAAACGCGAUAUGAUCGCGCUGGGCAUCAACAUCGUCGGAACAUUGUUCGUGUUUAUUCUGGUGACGAAAGUGUUCUGGCAGAUGAUCUUUGGCGCCAUCUGGAAAUAACAAGGAACGACGCUUUCCUCGUUGAAUAUUGUUGUGGAUGAAACAGUGAAUUUAUGUAAAUUAAUGAAUAUGAAUAACUCUAGGGCGUAGAAGGAAAAGCCAGCUAUAGUCAAUAGUGUCUAAGAUCGGGAGAUCAUACCGUGAACCACGACUAUGAUAGCAAUAGUGUUAGUUAUCUAUAGAUGCUAGGUCAUUCAAAUGUGCAUCUUUAUUAUUGUAGUACUUGUACUGAUAAAAAGUGUAGCUAAUUAAAAUUAGUCAUUUUAAAAAACAA